AUGAACAAUUUAGAAAAACUUUUCUACGCGGGUCCUGUAACAUCCUUAUGUUUUCAUAAUGACUUAAUAUUAUUGUCGGGUCAAGGUCCUUAUUUAAAAGCCUUUUAUGUGCCGACUGGAAAAUUGUUAUUUAGUUAUCCUGUUAUAGAACACUUGAGAAUACAUCGAAUUGUUCCAGAUAAAAAUAAAAAUAUCAGUAAUGCUGGUGGAUCUUGUUAUAUUAAUAUUAUCAAAGAGCAAAGAUUAUUGGCUAUAUAUGGAUCAAAAACUAUUCAACUUGUUAAUUUAAUUAUAAAUUAUUUUAAGGAUAGUCUCGAACUACCUAAAAUUUCAAUUUCUCUCGAGUCGAGAUUGUCGCCUUUAAAGGAUUGGAUUCAUGAUGUCAAAUGGUUGCAUGACAACAUAGGCAAUUCGAUGUCUACAAAUACUAAUUCUAGAGAUGAUGUUGAAUCCACAAUUUUUGAAAAUAAUCCGAGAGAAUUAGCAAUAGCUUUUGCGCAUAAUUUUGUUGAAAUUUGGAAUAUCCAAAAUAAAAUUUGUGUUUAUUCUAUACAAUGCGAAGAGCGCUGCAUAUUGUAUUCUGCUAGAUUCUUUGGUGACACUCGGAAUGAGUUAAUAAUGGCAUCUGGCACAGUAUUUAAUCAAAUUCAUUUGUGGGACGUUAUGAAGAAAAAUGAAUUUGGAGAUGGGUCUGUAUAUAAGAAACUCAUUGGACAUGAAGGUGUCAUAUUUGGAGUAAGAUUCAGUGAAGAUGGAAAAACUAUAGCUUCAGUAUCAGAUGAUAGAACCGUUCGUCUUUGGAAGACGGAUAGGAAUGACAGAUCCAAUCCUCUUGUGUUAUUUGGGCAUAUGGCACGUGUUUGGGAUUGUCAUAUUAUAGAUGAUUAUCUCAUCAGCAUCUCAGAGGAUUCAACGUGUCGAGUCUGGAAAAAUUCAAUAGAUUCAAGUGACUGUGAUGACUUAGAUUGUAUUGCCUGUUGGGAAGGUCAUGUUGGAAAGAAUAUUUGGAGUUUGGCAAUUGAUCCUUCCAAAAAAAUUGUUGCUACAGGUGGAGGAGAUUCAGGGAUUCGAUUAUGGUCACUAUUUACGGUUACAAACAAUAAAAUAGAUUCUGAUAAGGAUUUAAUUAAAAUCGAAUUACCGCCUGUUGUUUCAUAUGUCUGUUUAGAAGAAGAAAAUGGACAUCCUUCUAGAGAACAUGUGAGAAAUUUUGUGCUAGUUGAUUAUUGUACUAUUGUGAUAGCGACUAAUUACGGACAUUUGUUGAGAUAUAAUCAUGAAACUAAAGAAUGGUUAUCAUUGUAUAAUUCAAAGGAUCUACAAAAUUAUACAAUGAUGAAAGCUUCAAUAUGUGGAAGAGUUGUGUGUUGCGGUAGUAUUAAUGGACAAGUGUUUGUUACAAGUGUGAAUCAGAAAUUUCAGACUAUAGUGAGGAAAUUGCAUCAAUAUAAGUUAUUUGAAAUAUUUUUGGAGGAAACUAAGGAUCCAGAUAUUUUAUAUGUGGUUUCCCAUGCAGUUCAUAACGAUAUAUAUUUGUUAAAAUUAGAUUUGAACUGCAUGGCUGGUGCAGAACCUGGUUUUGAAAUCAUGUAUAAAGUCUCUGUACCACCACAAUUUCUUUUAAUGUCUCUUUCGUUCUGUCCAUCAUACGAUCUUUUAAUAUGCGGAUCACGCGAAAGUUGUUUAACUAUCUAUAGCUUGCAUUCAGAUUGUAAGGAAGGAACUGUAAGAGAAUUAUCUCCGAUUAUACAUUUAAGGAAUACACAUGGAAAACAAGCUGUGACGUCUGUUGCUUUAAGGACAAAUAAAUCGGAAAGUAAUGAUGACAAAUAUGACGAAGAGGUAUUAACGAUAUAUACUUCAGGAAGAGAUGGAGGAUACAACAAGUAUAGACUCCGAGGUCUGUUUUCUAAAGGUACAAGAAAAGAACUAAAAACGAUAGAAAUUGAUGGAGCUGAAUUAUUAAAAAAUGAUAAACCUAGAUCAUUAAAGAACUGUGAAGAUACAGAUAGAGAAGAUGAUAUUGGUUGUGAUAAUGCUUUAAAGAAAUCAUCUAAGAAAGAAUUAGUUUCAGAAGACGGAUUGAUUUUAGAGCAAGUAUAUAAAGCAAAGAUUACCAAGGGUUGGUUAGAGAAGGUAAUUUUUGUAGAUGAUGAGCUCAUGUUAUUAGGAUUUUAUCGGAAACGAUUUUUUGUCUAUAAUGAAGACAAGAAAUUCGAGAUGUUUUCGGUUGCGUGUGGAGGAGCACAUAGGAUGUGGCAUUUUAAAGCUAAAGAUAAAAGAAUGGAUAAGGCAAGCUUCAUGUUUAUCAGGAAAGAGAAUAUCUAUAUUUAUUCAAGAGAAAGUUCGGCAAAUAAUGAAGGAUUUGACGAUUGCAAAUUACAAGAAAAUUUUCACGGGAGGGAGUGUAGAAUUAUUAAGUUUUUAUCGUAUCCAUUGAAAAUUGAUUUAGGAAGAGAUCAAAAGUUCGAGAAUCCGAUAUUAUUUGCCACAGGAGCAGAAGACAGUUUAUUAAGGCUUUUUCAAUAUAUGCCCGGCGAGAUAGAAAAUCAUUUGAUUGGUUUGUCCAGCAUAAAGAAACAUACAUCUGUGAUUAGAAGUAUAGAAUGGAGCUUUGGAAAUGAAUUGCUGCUAUUUUCAAGUGGAGCUAGUGAAGAGUUAAGAUGUUGGAAAGUUGAUGCCAGCCUUGAACGCGGUCAACCAGAAAUCAAUACUUCAACAAUACCAUUAAUAAAUAUAAAUUGUUUAGAAUGGUCUUCGUGCCCAGCUGUUAGUGAAAUUCCAGAAACUAGAAUUAUGGACAUUUCUGUUUGUCCAAUAAGACCAUCGAGGGGAUUACAUGUUAUUGCUGCUGUAUAUUCUGAUUCUGUAUUAAGAGUAUGGCUUUUCGAUGAGAAAAAAAGAAAAUUUUUCUUGAUAGGAGAAGCCAAAUUUCAUUCGAAUUGUAUUUUACAAGUUCAGAAUUUAGUCGUUCCAGCAAAAUUAUCGGUCGUGGAAAACCCCAAACAACGUUCUUCAAAUUCUUCUGAUGGAAUUGUUUUAUUUACUUCUGCAACAGAUGGAAGGGUUGCUAUUUGGGACAUAUCUGGACCCAUUUAUAGUUACUUGGAUUCAUAUAAUAAUAAUGAUGAGACAAAUGUCAAAUUUAAUUCACAAGAUUUGGGCGUGCCAAUUUAUUCCUACCAAGCUCAUCAAUCUGGGGUAAAUUGUAUUGCAAUACAUCCAAAGUCUGGUUAUGAUUUCAGAUAUGUGAUUGUAACGGGUGGGGAUGAUAACGCGCUCUCAAUCGCAUACAUCGACAUUUUAUGGAAUGUAACCUGUAAAGGGAAGGAUGAUGACGGAAGGAUACAUUUGAUAAUUAAACCUAAUAAAGAGAUCAUGAAAAUGAAAAUGGCGCACGGAUCAUCCAUUCAAGGUAAUAAAAUGACAACACUUUUUGUUUCCUUGAAAAUUUUAACAUAA